GAACACAUGAGGUUGGGGGUGGGAGCACUGUGCACACUCUGGGCAGUAUGGAGUUUACAGGGGGAGAAGAGGUUAUUCAGAAACCAGAUCCUCCCGUUGUGGGGAAAGUGACUCAUUACAGCAUAGAGCUAUACUGGGAUAUCCACCAUGUUUUCGAACACAAAGGCCCUUACAAUGAAUGGAUAAAGUUUUCAAUCGAAGAAGAAGAUGCCAAAAUGUACUCAUAUGGGACAAUUUACUCGGGAUACUCCCGAAAGCAUACCGUUGAAGGCCUAGAGCCCAGUUCCCAGUACCGGUUUAGGCUGAAGGUCACAGGAUGUGAUGGAGAAUUUAAAUACAGUCCAGUGGUUUCUGUGUCAACUACAAGAGAGCCAAUGACUGUGGAACAUCUUCACCGAGCGAUAAAUUCGAAUGACGAAGCCAAGGUCAUCAGUAUACUACAAACCGGGCAAGUGAAAGCAGACACUCCAGAUAAAUUUGGCGUAACCCCCCUAAUGGUAGCAGCACAAAAAGGAUACCUAAGACUCGUGGAACUGCUCAUUGAUCACGGUACAGAAAUAAAUCAGGAAGAUGGAAGUGGAAAAAACAGCCUGAUGUUGGCGUGUUUCUCUGGACAACUAGCUGUUGCGCAGUACCUAAGAAAGCAAGGAGCAUCUUGGGAAAGUCGGGAUAAAUGCGGCUCUACAGCCAUGCACUGGGCAGCAGACGGAGGUCAUCUGGAAGUUAUUCAGUGGAUGAUUAAUGAUGGCUGUGAGGUUGAUGUUAAAGACAAUCGAUCAGAGUGGACUCCAUUAAUGAGAGUUUCUGCAAUUACUGGAAACACGGACAUUGCUCAAAUCUUGAUUAUAACUGGGGCCAAUGUCAAUGCAAAAGACAAGGAUGGAAAGACGCCUUUGAUGAUUGCAGCAUUAAAUAACCACGAGAACCUUGUUCGUUUACUAAUAGAAAACGGAGCCAAAUGCGAUAUAAAAACCGAGUACGGAAUAAGCAUAAUGGACAUGGCUAAAGCUUUUAACAGACAGAGCGUGGUAGAUAUAUUAGAGGAGCUGCAGAAUGAACAUCCUUAGGAACUUGCACGUAUCGAUCUCCAUGCAUUGACUAACACAGCGAUCCCAGCAACCAUGAAUUUCUGUUUUGUUACAUUAUAACUAUCGUUUCUUACACU